CAUGGACGGUCCGUGGAAGCUCACAGUCCUGGUCCUUGCAGUGACUCUGACUCAUCUGGUCAGUGGCCAAACCUUCACCUUCCUGGGAGUCAAAAAGAUCAAGUUCGAGCCGGCGUGCGGGCUGCUGCACAACGAGGGCAGCUGGUCAGUCCAAGGUUUUCUGACCAUCAACAGCACCCAGUUGAACACCUACUCCCCUGUCGUCCACAUACAGACUACCACAGAGAAAACCUGAGAGGGUAUUACCAGGUAGUGGGUAGCCCAAAGGUAUACCUUGCUGUCGGCCGCCCUUUCGCCAUCGAGACGAACAAACGAGAUGUGUCCAUCAAAUGGUGUGUGGAAAAUCUGCUGACCACUUACACCCUGGCUAUGAAUGUCAACGGACAGAUGACGUCAGCGAAAAACGACUGCGUCACCGCCCCCUCGACUCUCAACACCAACCGUCCGACACCUUAUGACGUCACACUGUCGCUCAAUGAGUUCGCCGGAUGUCAGAGGACGGAGAGCUUUAGGGGGACAUUGCAAUACAACCCCGAGGCCCGCUCACCGACCAUCCCGUUCCCAGGUUCCGGUGACGUAGAGACCAAAAAACAGGACGACGACGACGACUUUGGGCUGGACCUGGAGAUUUUCUACGGCGGGAUCCUGGGGGCUAUAGCUGGCAUCACUCUCAUUGUCUUCUUCUUUUUGCUGUGCUGGUACCACAAGAGGAAUAAGGAUACCAUCAUGGCUAUGGCGAGAGAGCACGAGCUGAGCUCCACAACAGGCGAGUUCACGGCCCUCUAGAUGGAUGUGGCAGAAGAUAUUCGGAGAUGUCUUCGGCGAGCACCAAGGAACUAUUCAGGGACGUACUCCCACACACAGAUGCACUGCU